CCCCCCCCCCCCCCCCCCCCCCCCCCCCCCUCCUCUUGCAGCUCUGCUUGCUCGCGUCGUGCUGCAAUUGAGAUCGACUCGUCGGUGGCCGACCCCUCGGCGGCGAGCACCGGGGUUAGGGUUUAGGGGCCUGGAUCCAUGGCUCGGCCCAUGGGAUCCAGCGGCUUCGAGGCUGCCCUAGCCGUGUGCCCCGCCGCCGCCCAGGCCUACUCCAAGUACUGCGGUAUUGUAUCUGGAUGCACAAAUGCGAACCCAAGGGAAGGGUUGGCGGAUCUUUCACGAACUAUAGAUAAUAUGGAAGGAAUGAGGGAUGGAAUAUUUGGUGAUAUUCACAAGCUCAUGUCAGUUCUUGAGUUCGAUGAUGUGAGCCAAUUCAAUUCCUUCUAUGAUUUUGUCUUCUUCAUUUCUCGUGAAAAUGGCCAAAAGAAUAUUACUGUUCAGAAGGCUCUUGCAGCAUGGAGGAUAGUUCUUGUUGGAAGGUUCCGAUUGCUUGACCGGUGGUGUAACUUUGUUGAGAAGUACCAACGUCACAACAUUUCUGAGGACGCCUGGCAGCAGCUACUAGCUUUCAGCAGGUGUGUAAACGAGGAUCUGGAAGGUUAUGAUCCAAAAGGUGCUUGGCCUGUCAUAAUUGAUGAUUUUGUGGAGCACAUGCACAGAAUCUACCGCCCUAGUGACUGCUCCAGUGCAAUGGAAUCACAAUGCAGCAUUUCCAAUACAUUUAGAGGUCUAAAUCUAUUACCUGGAUCAAAGAGGAAAUGCCCUACUCAGUUUAACUCCAGUGAAGAGAGCGUAGAGCUCUCAGAAGCUCUUAGACACUCUGUCCAACUUACCCCGUCGAAGCGACUUAAGGAAAGUUCUGCGCCUACUAGAUAUGGUGUUUGGGAGCGAGACGCAAGUACCCCUUUCUUUAACAGCACACCAGAUUGUCGCGAGGACAUGAAUUUACAGAACUCAAGAGGCUGCCUUCAGAACUCACCUCGUGUUAUUGAGGAUGGUUUUUCAAAAGGGUUCGAAGGUUGCAUUUCAAUGAAAUGCUCAUUUUAGUGCAAUGAGGAAUGCAUGGCAUCAUCAUUUAUGACUGCCCGUUACUCCAUAUAUUUCUGUUUUGCGUCAACACCAUUUUGUAUUUGUACUUAAAGUCAGUUUCCCAGUGGUGAUAUUAUUUUGUACACAAACAGUGAUGUUAUACAUGUCUGCUAUCGCAGAGAAAACGGCUUGUGAUUGUUCUUUCCUAA